CAUUAAUCAAUCUUGCAACACAUAUUUAAAAGAGAAAAGUACAACUGUACUAACUUAAACAUUUUACAACACAAUGAAACAAUGUAUUGUGGGAGUGUAGUUUGAAGCAUCUGUAAACUGAGUUGGUGAUAUCGCGAACGAGACUUCAAUGACCAGAAACGUCCUCUUCUUUGCUGAAGCUGUUUGGCUUGUUCGUGAGAGUCGCCCUGAACUAGCAGAUGUGAAAAUUCCCUGAUCUUUUAAUGAUCUGGAUAUAUUUUGGUUAGUUGUUUGUAAAUCAAAAUUAUUUUAAGAUCGAAUAAUCUGCUCAGCGCGCUGUUUUUGUCCUCUCGUCAACCAGCACUGUCUUGUAAUGUUUACUUAUUUCGUGCUUCGGCGUGUCCUCUUGUGCGCUUGUGUAGCGGACUGAUGUAGUGUCUAAUGUUAGCUAAAUUAUUUACACACACAAAUACAUAGGUUGGCUAGCUUUAUUCAUACGAUUUAUUCACACAAAGCAUGUCCAUCGUGCACAAUCGAUGUAAAUAAUCGAUGUGAAUACUCCCAGGUAGUUACAGUCAUAGUCGAGAACGAAGUGCGAGCAAGAUCCUCGUUCAUGAUGGCGAUGUUUCGCAGUUUUGUGUCGGCUACUCAUCAGCUCAGGCAGCACCAACAAAACGGGGCAGCUGCGGCUGCCACUGGCGAGAGCCUCGAGAGCCAGUUCUCCUGUCCAAUUUGCCUGGAGGUGUAUCAUAAACCUGUCACCAUUGGAAGCUGUGCCCACACGUUCUGUGGGGAGUGUCUGCAGCCUUGUCUCCAGGUCACCUCUCCCCUCUGCCCUCUGUGCCGUAUGCCUUUUGACCCAAAGAAGGUGGACAAGUCCUCCAGUGUGGAGAAACAGCUGUCCAACUACAAGGCCCCCUGUCGGGGCUGCAGUAAGAAGGUGUCUCUGGUCAAAAUGAGGUCACACAUCUCCUCUUGCGCUAAGGUCCAGGAGCAGAUGGCCAACUGCCCAAAGUUUGUGCCUGUGGUCCCCACUUCACAGCCCAUUCCCAGCAAUGUUCCAAACCGCUCCACCUUUUCAUGCCCGUUCUGUGGAGCCCGCAAUCUGGAUCAACAGGAGCUGGUCAAACACUGUAUGGAGAACCACCGCAAUGAUCCCAACAAAGUGGUGUGUCCUGUAUGUUCAGCCAUGCCUUGGGGGGACCCCAGCUACAAGAGCUCCAACUUCCUCCAGCACCUCCUUCACCGGCACAAGUUCUCCUACGACACGUUUGUGGACUACAGUAUCGAUGAAGAGGCGGCACUACAGGCAGCCCUGGCUCUCUCCAUGGCAGAGAACUGAGAGUCAUCCGAGUCCCCCAUUCUGCUGUCUGGAGACGCACUUUCUUCCUGACACCCCACUAGCUCUCUUUCUUUCUCUGGAUCCACCCCAUAUCCAGCCCCCUCCACUGUCUCCUCACAGGGAGAGUUUGGAAGGACUUGGCCUCGACUCCCACUCUGGGAGAGCUACAGAGGGCUUAUCUCCUAACCCUGUCCCUCUAUCUGGCCCUUCAUCCACUCUGCUCACCUGCUUAACCCGUCAAUGCCCAUGACCAUUACAUCAUAUCCUCUCAGCCAGCAGCAGCCUCCUCACUUCCUGUAUACUGGGGAGGAAGGAAGCUUGGCCUCCCAAUAAAUGUUGCAAUUCAAAACCACUGCAAUGCAAAACAAUGAGUGCAGCAUGGACAUUGUUGUUAUUCUGCAGAAAGUAUGAAGGUUCCCAAAAGUAAUGAUUUAAGGUAUUUUCUUUUACUCUUUAUUUUUCACUGUUCAAAUUAAAUGUUUUCAAACUCCAGGAAAAAGCCAUCAUGACACACGUUCUGGUCAAAGUACCACAGAUUAGUUCUGUUGAAGUUUAUUCUCAAGUGCAUCAUUUGAUGGCUUUUUGAUUAAGAGGGACUACUGUUGAAUAGCUUGACCUCAUUCUCAGUGUGAUAAUCUUACCACUAGGUGACAGUCUAGACAUGACUAGUUAAACACAGAGAGUGAGGUCAUUCUCAGUGUGAUAAUCUUACCACUAGGUGACAGUCUAGACAUGACUAGUUAAACACAGAGUGAGGUCAUUCUCAGUGUGAUAAUCUUACCACUAGGUGACAGUCUAGACAUGACCAGUUAAACACAGAGAGUGAGGUCAUUCUUACAUCCCCAUCACGACAACAACACACUAACAUUUGCAACGCGAACCAAAACAAUCUAUCAAACUAUCCCCUUUUGUAUUCAGAGUUCUUGUGAAUACUUGCACUUGUCACAUUUUUCUACAUAAUUGAACAAUAGAUUGUUCUCAUUUCAUAGAUCAUAAUCAUAAUUAUAGUACUGCAUUUAUUCUUCAUACUGCUGUUACUCUACUGAUAUUUUUAUGAAGCACCAGACAAGAUCAAAUAUAUUUUUGGAAAAUGUUUCCGUUUUAAAUGGUGUACUAAUCAUAAGAAACAUGUUUAUUGGCGAUGUGUUUGUUGUUUUACCACCUUGUUAAAAGUACCCAUUGGUACUGUACUGCUGGCAUCAAACAGUUGCUUGCAGGAUUUUAGGGCCUAUGUGUAAUACACUGUCUCGAACACAAGAGGGCACCCCAGUCUCAAAAUAGACCGGGCACAAGUCAAUAGUAAUUCAAGUCAGUGUUACUCCGUCAGUUUAUACCCAUGCACAGUAUUCUGUUUGGUUUAGUGCCCACUAGGAGAAGUUCAAGAAGUGAAAUAUUAUGACGUGAGUAUUGUUGGAUAAGUUUAUCCUUGUGGUGGAAUUGGUUGCUGCAACAUAAGUGUCCUGUUUUAUGUUAUUUAUUGUCUUGAACACCAAUGUUGGUCUGAUUUUAGUCAAAUGCAAAUGUAAAAGUGUACAUUGCUACUCUACAGAAUCAGUGCAAUAUUCCUCGGCCAUUUACCUUCCAGGAUCCACACUGCUCCUGUCUCAGUGGGGUCUCCCCAAAACCUGUUGGUCAGAGCUGUGAAAAUCUGUUUGAAUAUACCAUACACAUUCCAGGCCUGUUAAAAUCAUUAUGUUCCAAUGGUUUGUUAAAGACAUCCACUUUCUGAUAGCACAGUAAUUAUUAAAGUUGGAUUUAAACAAAACUGUGCAGAACAGCUGCAUAUUCAAUCAUAUGAUAAAAAUGUCUUUAAAGACACUUUGCUUCAAAGGGAUACAAUUAUAAAAGUAUGUUGCCCCAAAGUAGAUGUUUAAAUUAUAAGCCAUGUUUGAGUGGUAGUGCGCCCGUUGAGCUAGCAUUGAUCUGUGGAGGUUUAAUGAUGUUUUGGUUCACACUGAUGGAUGCCUUAUAGGAAACUGGUUAGAUUGUAUCGCGCGCAAUGGAGGAAGAUAUUAUGUAUUGUGAUUAUUUGGUACUAGACUGACUAGUAGAAAUAUAAUGGUCUGUCCAUUUGUGUUUUCCCUUGUUUCCGAGGAGAACUGUACAUAUGGUAGAGAAUGCAACAUUUAGGUUUAGGUCCCUGUGGUAACUACGAAUGAGAAUGUAUUCGUUUUUUCAUACGUUAUAUAUUUUCCACAGGAAUGCAUUGAAAUAUUGCACUUUAUUUUUUUUUUUAAUAUUUCGAAUUAUUAUUAUUUAUUUUUUAAAAUUUCCCAAUAUGUACAUUUCAUGAUGGAUGAUAAUGUAAGUUGUGGCUGUUUUUGUGUAAGAGCAGAGGGAAUGUUAAGUAUUAUCUCAGUCAUAACAUGGUGAUGUUUUGGGAUGGUACAGACAAUUUGUCUGUCGUUAAUAUUCUAUAGAUGGGUAUAUAUUGCAAAACCAACUGAGAAAACCAUCCCAGAUGUACAAAAGUGUGUGGCAAACAAAAUUUGACUCUCAGCUUAGUCAAAGCGUCCCUGGAGAAAAUGCAUCCUCAUUUGAUAGACAUCGACAUGUUAUAUUUUCGGUGUUUAAAUGUAUUGUACUGGUUGGUGGCACAGUAUUGACAGCUGUAGCCAUUAGAGAGAAACUGUCAUCACCAUGAGAAGUCCUGAGUUUCUUCUGGGGCAGCAAGGAAUUGUUACCAAUCUUUAAUUUAAUAAUUUACUCAACCUUUUUUACUACCUAAUGAUGCUCUUUUUUAAAAAUGUUUUUAAGGUAAAUGGUAUUGUAUGUUUAGAUCAGCGUUCAUGUGCACAGCUGUAGCCUAAUGUAGAUUUUGUAUGGAGUAUAUCUGAAAUGUAUACUUUUCACUCUUUGUGUACUGUUGCAUCCAUGCAUAAUGCCACUGUACUGUGCAUCAUCAUCCCAGAUGUCCUGCUUGUGGUCAGAACCUUCCCAACCUCUGUCAAAUAAACUCAAUGUUGCAGGUCACACACUGAUAAGACCACCUGCAACAAAGACAUACACCAAAAACAGGAACAGGGAAAAAAAGGAAACUAUUUUGUAUGAAAUUUGUUAGGUCAUUUUUGUCAAGAGGUCCUUACUGACACUGUCUGUUCUGAACUUGGUAAGGCCGACAGGAAAUAGACUUCCAUAAAGACUGGUAUCGCAGCAAUCAGAGAAGACAGAGCCUGUGUCUCUGACUGUGUCCCCCAGGACUUGGCUGCCCUGGGAGUGUCAUGUAAUGUCACUGAGUCUAGACACAGGCUGAUGUUGUCCUCCCCAGGGGGGUCUGAGGUACAGUCACUUGAACCAGGAAGUUUCCUUCAGGCCCACUGUACCCUAGAGACCCACCAUGGGGCUUUGGCCCUACUGUCAGGGCCUGUGUGUGUUAAAUGUGAUUUAUGCAUUCUUGAAAAAAUAGUAAUAACAAUGGUUGAUUGUUAGCAUCAUCAUGUGGAUAUUUAAGUUAUAACACUGUUUGAACUUCAAUAUAUUGUAUUUGUAGCAGAUUUUUUUUUCCCGCCUCAAUAAAAACACUGACCCAUCCCA